AUUUACUUUAGUAUAUUUUGAAAAACCAUGUCGACACAUUACGUUGAUUUAUUUGGGGAUCCGAGAGAAUAUUUGGACAACAUUAAUGAUUUAAUGCAUGAAUUAGAUCAAAUCGAUCGACUUCAGUUAAAUAAUAGCUUAAAUGGACGCUCAUCGGUCUAUUCCUUGAUGGGAACACAACUUCUUUUAGUCGGAAACACACGUGUUAGCAUUGACAUACAAUUAUGUUUUGAGGGGCGAAUUGCGAAACUCAGUGAAUUAUCUAAUAUACACCUUGAUAUUUCCUAUACAUUCGUAUACAACAGCAAUGAACCUAGAAGUGAAACAGACGAUGCUGAUGUUUUGUACAAUGGUAGCAGUAAUGAGAGCAACAAUGCAGAGCAACAAGAGGGACGACAAUUUGAAAUCGAAGAAUUGGAUGAAGGUACCAGAUUCAACAAUCCCUACAACAAAACAUUCGUAAUCACCCCAACCGACAGUGAUAAAUUGAAGAAACGCAAACGUUAUAGCGUGAUUACUGAGCACAUUGCUGUUGAUGUGAAGAUUAAGGAGAAUGGUGAUAAUGUGCUUCCCACAGUUGCACUAAUUGUUAGUGAUUUGACAAUCUACAGCGAUCCGAAUAUAAUUUAUAGAGCCGUUGGUUUGAUUAAUGGAGAAAAUAUGCAAAAUGCUGAGCAAUCAACAAACUCUCUUGGGCAAACAACAUGGAACGAAAUUCAUGAAGAUCCUGCAAUGAGUUUAUUUGACGAGCUGUCUCAAAUGAGUUUUGAUGACGAAUUUUAUGAUGAUUCUAUGAUUAUUGAUGAUGAGUCUAUAACUCGUGACGAAUUGCUGUCCUCUGAUGAUGAAAGUGAUGAUAAAGACUGCGAUGUGUUUAUUUAUAAAUUCACUGAACCUUACGAUUUCGAUGAUGCCUCUGCUAAUGAAUUAUUAGAUGUCAAUCAAAAUUCCGGAAGCAAUGGACUUUUUGGCGAUGAUUAUGACUACGAUCACAUUUUAGAAGAUUUUGAUGAUAAUAUAUUUGGAGGUGAAACACAUGCCGAUCAAUGUUAUCCAAGUAUUGGUACUAGGUCUGUUAACAAUUUCAAUCACAUAUUUUACCAAAUUGCUUAUAGCGAUGACUAUUUUUCUGCUAGUAAUGAAAAUGAAAUCGUAAACGAAUAUACUCCUACUAAUGAAUUUCCCUUGUCCACUUUCCCAAUACACCAAAGAUUUUCUGUGGAUUUUUCUUAUAAUGCGGAACGUUCAUUAUCAAUAUUUGAUGAUCGUAACCAAGCUACUAUUUGUCCUUCCUCUUCGGUACAUGCUUUAAAUGAAACUUCUGAAGUCGAUGUCAUACACUGCAAUCCCCAGAUUUCUCUAAACACAAAUGGACAAGCUGCUGACAACUUCGUGGGUGAAAAUAAUGUGACUGCACCAAUAACUGGAUUGACUAGACCCGAAGCUGGCUUAGGUGGUAAUCAUGUUGAAAUCGAAGAAUUGUUUAAUGAACGUAACGAUGUACGCAUAUCAUCGCAUAAUCAAAGUGUCGCCAGUGGUGAAUUUAACGAGGAAUAUGAGAUUUCUGAUCAGAAAUCUAAACAUACCUAAGAAAAAAGAAAAACACCACCUAACGUUUUAUUUUAUAAAUUAAAAUAAUAUGUUAUGCAUAUAUACAUGCAUAGCAGGUAAUGUGGUUACUCGUUACAUUUGUUUGCAAUAAAUUAGCUUUAUUGCAAAUUGAAAGAUUUAAAUUUA